UAUUAUUGAAAUUAACCUCCCAAAUACUCAUGAAUCAACCCACUGUGAAACUGGUGACUGAGAUUACUGACUUGGCUAAAAUUGACAGUUAUGAAAAUUACCUACACCCUGAUAAUAUCUUUGCAAGCUUAGCAGAACAGAGCUUAGAGAAAAGGAUUUCGAAUUUCUGGCAUAAAGAGAGAUAUUGUAAUUCAGAGAGAUCAUCAAGUACAUUAAGUGCAUUAAGAAGGGAGUCUUAUUGACGAGAAUUGAAGAAGUUACAAAUAUUUCCAAUAAAAGAUCUUCACUUACUCAAAAGCCAAACUCGGGCUGAAUCUAAGAAAAUCUGAGAAAUCACCAAUGCUGUAAAAUAUUCACAAAGAUUGAGAGUGGUAAAAACAUCCUCUUCUCCGAUUCCCUCAAAUAGCCGAAGAGAUGUAGCCUAUAAAUCAGCCUUAAGAUUAGUAAAACGGUAUUUCAAGAAUACAUACAAGAAUCACAUACUUGACAUCAGUGAGAAAAGGCAAAAGACACUCUCUAUUGAUGCUGUCUGCACAAUGAUGCAUAAUAUCCUCUCUUCAUUGAUUCCUUAUGAAUUUUUGACUAUGGAUUUGGCCUAUUAUACAAUUGGAAUAACUGGCAUCAGAAAUACAUCAGCACUCCCAUGAAGUUCGUUGAUACAGAAUGAAAUCUCUUCUUUCCAGGUCUGAGCUAGUACUUUCUCACAACAGAAAUUCCUAAGAGCUUUGGACUCAGAAAGCUUAAUAACUUUGUGCUGCUACAUCACUCAAAAAUCUAAUGAUCCAAGACUAAGCGUGUUGAGGAAUGAAGUUUCUAGAAUCAGAGGAGAAGCUAAUUAA